UUUCGGUUUUCCGCACUACUUAGCCAGUCAAAUUCAUUUAUAAACUACGGAGUACGAAGUACUGUCCCUCCAACCCUAGCCCUAAUUCGGCAUUUCCUCAAAUCGCUAGGGUCAGAAGGAAGAUUGGCGAAGAAGUUCCGAUGGGUAGAAGACCAGCAAGGUGUUACCGCCAGAUUAAGAACAAGCCAUACCCAAAGUCAAGGUACUGUCGUGGUGUGCCUGACCCAAAGAUUAGGAUCUAUGAUGUGGGAAUGAAGAAAAAGGGAGUUGAUGAGUUCCCAUUCUGCGUGCAUUUGGUCAGCUGGGAGAAGGAGAAUGUCUCGAGUGAGGCCCUUGAAGCUGCCCGAAUUGCUUGCAACAAGUACAUGACCAAGUUUGCAGGAAAGGAUGCCUUCCACCUUAGGGUUAGGGUUCACCCUUUCCAUGUUCUUCGUAUUAAUAAGAUGUUGUCGUGUGCUGGGGCUGAUAGGCUCCAAACAGGAAUGAGGGGGGCGUUUGGCAAGCCGCAAGGUGUCUGUGCCCGCGUUGCCAUUGGACAGGUUCUUCUGUCCGUUCGCUGCAAAGAUUCCAACAGUCAAAAUGCACAGGAGGCUUUGCGUCGUGCCAAGUUUAAGUUCCCUGGUCGUCAAAAGAUCAUUGUUAGCAGAAAAUGGGGUUUCACAAAGUUCAACCGUACUGAUUAUCUGAACUACAAGAAGGAAGGCCGCAUUGUGUCUGAUGGUGUCAAUGCUAAGCUUUUGGGAUGUCAUGGACCCCUUGCAAAACGUGCACCUGGAAAAGCAUUUAUUGAUGCAGCAGCUUAAACUUUUUGUUUUUGUUUCGCAAGACUGAGCAAAACGCAAGACUGAGCAAAAGUCUAUCAUGUAGCACAUUAUGAUUUUAUUUCAUUUGAGCAAAUAUAUCAGCAAAUAUUUAUGAUAUUUUGUUGGCGUUUCUCUGUUUUGGAUAAUUUGAUGUGUUUGUUACUUGUCAUAUUUCAAUGAUCGUG